AUGGCAGGAGGAGGAAGAGAGACGAGAGCUAGUCAUGAUGGGGCGGCGCGCGUGCCGCUGUACCGAAUGUUCGCAUUCGCGGACAAGACGGAUGCGGCGCUGAUGGCGGUGGGCGCGGUGUCGGCGGUGGCCAACGGAAUGGCGCAGCCGGUCAUGACCUUCAUCUUCGGCGAUGUCAUCAACGCCUUCAGCUCCGCCGGCGCCGUCUCUUCGCCGGACGUGCUGCACAGAGUCAGCAAGGUGAUCAUUAAUUAUGUUUAUCUUGGCAUUGGAGCAGGACUUGUUUCAGCACUCCAGGUAUCAUGCUGGACAAUUACCGGAGAAAGACAGGCAGCACGAAUCAGAUCUCAGUAUCUCAAGGCAAUUCUCAGACAGGACAUUGCAUUUUUUGACAAGGAAAUGAGCACUGGACAAGUUAUUGAGAGGAUGUGUGGAGACACAUUCCUCAUUCAAGAUGCCAUUGGAGAAAAGGUUGGCAAGUACAUACAGCUUCUGUCUACCUUUUUUGGAGGCUUCAUUAUUGCAUUUGUGAGAGGAUGGCUCUUGGCACUUGUUCUGCUCUCAAGUAUUCCUCCAGUAGUUCUGACCGGUGUUAUUGUAUCAAGGAGGAUGGCAAAUCUCUCUACCCGAAUGCGAGCAAAAUAUGUUGAUGCUGGAGACAUUGUUGAACAAACUAUUGGGACCAUUAGAACGGUUGUUUCAUUCAGUGGUGAGAAGCAAGCUAUAACAACAUAUAACAAGUUCAUAAGAAAAGCAUAUGAAAGUGCUCUACGAGAAGGUGUUGUCACUGGCAUUGGACAAGGUUCAGUAAUGUCAACCUUGUUUUGCUGCUAUGGGUUGGCAGUUUGGUAUGGUGCUAAACUGAUAAUCAACAGAGGAUACAAUGGUGGCAUAGUUAUUAGUGUUAUGAUGGCUGUCAUGAUCGGUGGACUGUCCUUAAGUCACGCAACACCAUCAAUAACUGCUUUUGCAGGAGGGCAAGGAGCAGCAUAUAGAAUGUUCAAGACAAUUGAACGAAAACCAGAUAUUGAUGUAUAUGACACCAAAGGAGUCAUAUUGGAAGACAUUAGGGGUGAUGUUGAACUUAAGGAUGUGUACUUCAGCUAUCCUACCAGGCCUGAUCAUUUGGUAUUUAAUGCAUUCUCCUUACGAGUACCAAACGGCACGACAAUGGCCCUAGUUGGGCAGAGCGGCAGCGGGAAAUCAACUGUGGUCAGUUUGGUGGAGAGAUUCUAUGAUCCACAGUCUGGGGAAGUCUUGAUCGACGGAGUUGACAUUAGAAGAAUGAAUCUUGGGUGGAUAAGAGGAAAAAUUGGUCUCGUCAGCCAAGAACCAGUGUUGUUCUCAAGCACGAUUAGGGAAAAUAUUGCUUACGGGAAAGAUGAUCUUACUCUUGAAGAGAUCAAAAGAGCAAUCGAGUUUGCAAAUGCAGCAAAUUUCAUUGAUAAAUUGCCAAACGGUCUUGAGACGAUGGUUGGGGACCAUGGAACUCAACUGUCUGGAGGGCAGAAGCAAAGAAUUGCAAUUGCUAGAGCAAUAAUUAAAAACCCUAGAAUAUUGCUACUUGAUGAAGCAACCAGCGCGUUGGAUAUGGAAUCUGAAAGGGUUGUUCAAGAAGCUUUGGACAGGGUAAUGUUAGAAAGGACUAUAAUCAUUGUUGCACAUCGUCUAAGCACAGUAAAGAAUGCUGAUGUCAUAUCCGUCCUACAGCAUGGGAAGAUUGUGGAACAAGGCUCACAUGUACAACUCGUAAAGAAACCUGAAGGUGCUUAUUCUCAGCUGAUUCUUCUGCAAGAGACUCUGCAGGAGUCAGAAGCCCCUAAUGUCGACCCUGAUGUGAUGAUGGAAAACAGUUUUGACUCUAGGUCUAUCGGUAGAAAACCAAGAAGCCGAAGUAGCUCAUUUAGGAGGUCAACUAGUAAGGGCUCCUCUUUUGGGCAUAGUGGUAGGCGUCCUUGCCCUGUUCCAUUUGACCUACCUGAUCCCAUGGAAUUCAAGAAUGGUCAAGACCUAGAGGAGACUGCAGAAAAAAUAUCUAGUGGUCGAAAGAAAGCUCCAAUUGGUCGACUCUUCUAUCUGAACAGACCAGAGGCUUUUGUUCUUGCCCUUGGUUCUAUAAUUGCUGUAGUGCAUGGUUUCAUUUUUCCAGUAUAUGGCAUAUUGAUUUCAAGUGCAGUAAAGACAUUUUAUGAGCCACCGGCAGAACUACUGAAGGGCUCGAGGUUCUGGGCAGGCAUGUUUGCCAUGCUGGGAGCUUCCACACUUGUUCUGAUUCCAGUAGAGAACUUCCUGUUUGGAUUAGCAGGAGGGAAGCUUGUGGAGCGCAUACGGUCGAUGACAUUCCGAAGUGUCAUGCACCAGGACAUCAACUGGUUUGAUAAACCUCAACACUCUAGUGGAGCAAUAGGUGCUAGGCUAUCGACUGAUACUCUGAACGUGAAACGACUUGUUGGAGAUAAUCUAGCACUUAAUAUCCAGCUUCUCUCGACCAUCAUAGCAAGUUUCACAGUAGCUAUGGUGGCAAACUGGAAGCUGGCAUUGAUUAUCACAGUGGUGGUUCCUUUGGUUGGUUUCCAAGGCUAUGCUCAAAUGAAGUUCCUGAAAGGUCUCAACAAAAGUGCAAAGGUAAAGUAUGAGGAAGCAAGCCAAAUAGCAACUGACGCAGUUGGAGGCAUCAGAACCGUGGCUUCGUUUUGUGCUGAGCAGAAGGUGAUGGAUGCCUAUGAGAAGAAGUGUAUAUCUCCAACAAUACAAGGAAUGCGGGAAGGUGUUGUUAGUGGCUUGGGCCUUGGCUUCUCAUUCCUUGUAUUCUACCUUACAUAUGCUCUCUGCUUCUAUGUCGGUGCAAAGUUUGUUCAGGAAGGAACAGCAACAUUUCCUGAAGUGUUCCGGGUCUUCUUCGUAUUAGUUUUGGCUUCCGGUUCAAUCUCACGAACAAGCGCAGUAGGUGUGGAUAGCAUCAAGGCUAAUGAAUCAGCCAUCUCCAUAUUUGAAAUUCUUGACAGUAAAUCCAAGAUAGAUUCCAGCAGCGAAGAAGGUAUGGUCGUUACAAGUGUGAGAGGCGACAUUGAGUUCCAGAAUGUGAGCUUCAGCUACCCCUUACGUCCAACUGUUCAAAUCUUCAAUGAUCUAUCCUUGAGCAUUCCUUCUGGAAAGAUGGCUGCCCUUGUUGGCGAGAGUGGCAGUGGGAAGUCCACUGCUAUCGCUUUGCUCGAGAGGUUCUACGACCCGAAUUCAGGCAAGGUCCUUUUUGACGGUCUGGAGCUUCAGACCCUCAAAGUUAGCUGGCUUCGGAUGCAGAUCGGCCUUGUGGCACAAGAGCCAGUGCUGUUCAACGACACCAUCCGCGCCAACAUAGCCUAUGGAAAGCAAGGGGAGGCAUCUGAAGAAGAGAUCAUCGCCGCUGCCGAAGCAGCCAACGCACACAAUUUCAUCUCUGGGCUUCCCAAUGGGUACGAUACUGUCGUGGGCGAGAGAGGGAUCCAGCUAUCAGGUGGGCAGAAGCAGCGUGUCGCCAUCGCGAGGGCCGUCGUGAAGGACCCAAAGGUGCUCCUGCUGGACGAGGCAACAAGCGCUCUGGACGUGGAGUCGGAGCGUGUGGUGCAGGAGGCACUGGACCGGGUGAUGGUUGGAAGGACGACUGUGGUGGUGGCGCAUCGCCUGUCGACAGUAAAAGGCGCCGACAUUAUCUGCAUAUUCCAGAGCGGGACGAUAGUGGAGAAAGGAAGGCAUGACGAACUAAUGCAGAUAAGGGGUGGAGCCUACGCUUCCCUUAUCGAGCUUAGCUCUACUUCAAAAUAA